AUGGAGCCAAUUCUGAAUAUUGAUAAGAUUCCUCAUGCACGAUGGUCACUGAGAUGUUGUGUUUGUAAUACGACCGAUGGUGCCUGUAUUCAGUGUGCUUAUGGAAAAUGUCGCGUACCAUUUCAUGUAACGUGCGCUGUUGCAGCUGGUUUCUGUCUUGAUUUUCGUCAAUCAUCUUCAAAUGAUGGUGGUUCACAAUUUGAUGCAUAUUGUUCAAAACAUUCUGAUAUUGUUCGUAAAGAGACAGGUGAUCUAUCAUCCUCACCAUCUAAGAUUCCUUACUCAAUUUAUCGACGAGAAUCAUUAAAACCAACGUGGAAAAAUGAAAUAUUAUCAACAUUUGAUAAUUAUAUUGACCGUAAACAUCUACAUCAAGAAUUAGAAUAUGAAGUGACUGUAUCGACAAUGAUCUAUGAUUAUUGGGUUAAAAAACGAAAAUAUAUGAAUAAUAAUUUACCAUUAGUUAAGCGUAUUGACUAUGUACUUGAACAACGAGAAAAUUCUGAACUAUUAUUAGGACAAAUAUCAAAUUGUUUAAAAAUAUUAAUGAAAAUGAAAGACCUUGAAAAAUGCAGUGCAAUUGUACAACAGCAAAAUGACUUAAUUUCAUUAUCAUUAUCUGAACGAUUAAAGCGUAUAAAAGAAAAAUUAAAUAUUCAUUCUCCUAUUCCUUCCGGAACUCAGUCUCCCUCUAGUUCAUCGUCAUCAAUAUCUCACAGUUAUAAACAACGUAUUUCUCUUAUACGUCGACCUCAACAACAAAUAAAAAUAGCAGCAAAACGUCGACUAUUAUCAUCAUCUUCAUUAAUAAAGAAAGAUGAACAAUCACAAGAUCAAUCAACAAAACAUGAUACAACGAAUAAAAUAAAUCGAAAAAAACAUCGACCAACCAUAUAUUAUUCAUUAAAACAAAAACAAUUGUACGCAAAUAUGAAAUCAUGUUAUGUUGGAUUGGAAAAUACAUUUACUGAUAUUGAACCAUAUACGACAUAUCUGGUGGCUCGAACAAUGGACAAUAAAGAUCAGACAAUAUUGUUACCAAAAAAUUUAGUUGCUACAAACAUAAUUAAUAUAACAGAAGACGAUAUGAUAAUGGCAACGGAGCAAACACAUUCACAGUCACAAUCACAAAGACAAACACCAACUUCACCACCCCCGCCACAACCAGUUUAUUCAGAUGUUUCCGAUGAUUCUGGCGAUGAUGAUGUUGAAUCAGCAACAAAACUAUCUUCAUCUUUAAAUAAGACAACUGUUUCACGUGGUCAACAAUACGUAAAUAGUGGAAAUGUUGUCUAUUGUUCCACCGGUGGAUUUUAG